AUGGGGAAGGCUCUCAUUGACUUGGGAACCAACAUCAACUUAAUGCCAUUCUCCAUUUGUAGAAGGUUGGGAGAGUUGGAUAUCAUGCCCACCAUAAUGACUUUACAGCUUGGUGACCGAUCCAUCACAAGGCCUUAUGGGGUAAUUGAAGACAUACUGAUAAGAGUUAAGCAGAUGGUCUUUCCAGCUGACUUUAUGGUCAUGGAUGUGGAUGAAGACCAUGAGGUUCCCAUCAUUUUGGGACGUCCCUUUAUGUUAACUGCAAGCUGUGUAGUUGACAUGGGAAAAAAGAAAUUGAAAAUGGGUUUUGAAGAUCAGAGGAUCAAUUUUGAUCUAUUUGAAGAAGACAAGCCUGUACCAGAUCAGAAUGUCUACUUGCAGGUGAUGGAGGGUGAUAAAAAGGUUCUGAAGUUAAAGGACAAAAUGGAUAUCAACCAUUGA